CCAAAAAAAGUGAGACCUCUUUCGUUUUUCCACCUCUUCGUUAGAGUUCUUCUUUUGGGCCCGCCCAGAUCUUUGAAACGUCAACAGCGCCAAACUUCUGCCUCCUGAACGGGGAAAAUGAGCUCCAGAGUCGAGGAGCCGCAAUGGAGAAAAGUUCACUCGGUCACCGGCGUGAUUCCGCGCUCCAGACACGGACACCGAGCCGCCGCCAUCCGGGAGCUGAUCCUCGUUUUCGGCGGCGGGAACGAGGGCAUCGCGGAGGAUCUGCAUGUUUACAACACCGUGUCAAAGCAGUGGUUUCUGCCUGCGGUGAGGGGCGACAUCCCCCCCGGCUGCGCCGCCCACGGCCUGGUGUGCGAGGGGACGCGCGUUCUGAUCUUCGGCGGCAUGGUCGAGUAUGGACGUUACACCAACAGCGUGUACGAGCUGCAGGCCAGCCGCUGGCUGUGGAAGAAGCUGAAGCCGCGCGCCCCCAGGAACGGCGUGCCCCCGUGCCCUCGGAUCGGUCACAGCUUCACUCUCGUGGGGAACAAAUGCUACCUGUUUGGAGGAAUAGCCAACGACAGCGAAGACCCCAAUGGAAAUGUGCCAAGAUACUUGGAUGACUUGUACGAGUUGGAGCUGCAGACGCUGUCGGGGGUGAGGGGCUGGAACAUCCCUGAGGCCAAGGGCAGCGCUCCGUCACCGCGGGAGUCCCACACGGCGGUCGCCUACAGCGGACUGGGCUCUCCGAAGCUCUACAUCUUUGGAGGGAUGCAGGGGAGCCGGCUGAACGACACCUGGCAGCUGGAUCUGGACUCGAUGGUUUGGUCGGCGCCUGAGCCAAAGGGUCCGCCUUCUCUACCCAGAAGUCUUCAUUCCGCCAACGUCAUCGGAAACAAGAUGUACGUUUUUGGCGGCUGGGUUCCCGCUCCGGAGCCGCAGAGACACACAGACUCAGCGGUGAAGUGGGUCUGCACAAACUCCUUGAGCGUGCUCAACCUGGACACCAUGUGCUGGCAGAACCUGGGCCCGGAGCAGCCGGAGGACGUGGAGGCCCAGCUGCAGAGUCAGGGGCCCACCUGUGACGAUCCGUACGCCUGCAGGCCCAGAGCCAGGGCUGGCCACUGCAGCACAGCCGUGGGCUCCAGGCUGUACAUCUGGAGCGGCCGCGACGGAUACCGCAAGAGCUGGGAUUACCAGGUCUGCUGCAAAGACCUGUGGUACCUGGAGACAGAUCUCCCCGCCGCCCCAGAGCCGGUGAUGCUCAUCAAAUCCACCGUCAGCAUGCUGCACGUGGCGUGGCGCCCCCUGGCUGCAGCGGACUGCUACAUCCUUCAGAUCCAACCGGCGUGUCAAACCAGCACAGCCACCAGUGAUCCACACGGCAAAUCCACCUUGCCAAGCGGACCGUCGGAGCCGAGCGGGACGGACGGGCCGCCUGCAGGUGUGCAGUUGGUCCAAGCUCCAAGUGAGGGAGCCACAGACCCCGAAGACAAGGUGUGCGGCGCUCAGGAGGAUAUAAAGCUGCUGGACGUGGAGGAAGAGAGCGCUGAGAGGAAAGCAGAUCCAUUCAAACACGCUGGUGGACGGCUGACACCAGGAGAGCAGGACAGCAGACCCCAGAGCCAGCCAGAUAAUCAAGCGGCUGUGGCUGACAGCAGAGGAGGACCGACCGGACCUGAGGCUCAGGGGAGUCCUGACAGCGGAGAGUGGUUUGAUGUCGGGGUCCUCAAAACCCUUUUCUCUGAAGUCAGCCGCUUCUUCCUGCCCGCUGAGAGCGACCCGAUGACGGGCAGCAGCAGAACCCCAAACAGCAAAGAGCCCCCUCCCUGCAGGAAGCCGCCGGGGCCUCAGGACUAUCAGGGCAGGGAGCGGCGCGAGCUGCUUCCUGGCCAGGCGUACCGGUUCAGAGUGGCAGGAAUCAACUGCUUCGGUCAGGGAGACUUCAGCGCCGCCAGUGAGUUCAAGACCUGCCAGCCCGGCUUCCCCGGAGCGCCCUCUGCUGUCCGGAUCAGCAAGGCCAACGAUUCGGUCCAGAUCACCUGGGAAGCUCCUUUGUCUCCAUCGGGCCGGAUCCUGGAGUACUCCAUGUACCUGGCGGUAAAGAAGAGCCGCGCCGCCUCCUCGGAGCGGCCCGGCCAGAUGGCCUUCAUUCGCAUUUACCGAGGCACCAAGACGUCCUGCUCAGUGAACUCCUCCAACCUGGAGAACGCACACAUCGACAGCUCCGCCUCCAACAGGCCGGCCAUCGUCUUCCGCAUAGCUGCUAAGAACGAGCAAGGCUACGGCCCGGCGACGCAGAUCCGCUGGAUUCAAGAUACCAUAAAACUGCGGGAAUCCAGCAGUGCUGAGGCGGAGCAGGACGCUGCCGACAGCUCCAGCUGAGACCGUCUCCACCCGCCAGGGGAAGAAGGCUGUUCACUCAGGAAGACGGACUCUGAGACGUUGUACAUGUCCUGAACUGCUCCCUUAAUUUAUUCCCAUGUAUUUAAUGAAUGUCCUGUAAAUAGAUGCUGACUGACGGGAGCUUUCUGCUGGUUCAUUAUUCAACAAACAGACAAGGAGCCAAGAAUCAGAGGAGGUUCUGAAGAUGUUUUAGAGGGAAAAGCCCUGAUCGCUGUUGCUUCAAAGGAUAUGUAUGAAAUAAUAGGUCAGAGCUCCUGAAAAAGUGAAAGUUUAUAUCUGUAAAAUAAAAAAAUAGUUUUUACAAGGAUUUAUGGACCAAGUUUAUCUUUGUGUAAAUGUAAUCGCUGCAUGGUACUGUAAACACCUGUAUGUCUUCAUUUCAGGUAUUAAAGUUUUUUAACUCUAUUUUUUAUAUAGUUUUCUCACAAAACGUGAAAGCGCUAUGAGCAGCAAUGGUAAUCAUCAGCGGCCUGAGAACCUGAGAUAAGACGUAUCUGCAGGUGUAUGUGGUUCCUAAAGAAGUUUCAUCAUGUUUGACUUCAUCCAACUGUAUCAUGUUUGUCUGUCUAAUGUCAGUAUGAAAUUAAUGGGAUCUUUGACUUUAAUCCCAU